AGCGGGAUACGGCAAUGAUCGAGUCAUCAGCAUCAACGUCAUCAGUGAAUUUCAUCAAGCGAAAACAGCAGUUUUCAAAACGUCAACAUAAGCCACCAGUGGAGACAGCCGGACCAGACAAGAGCAAAAAUAUUCCCUCUACACCCUGCUGGUACUGCGGGGGAAUGCACUUCGUUCGAGACUGCACUCAUUGGAGCCACAAAUGCAAGGACUGCGGCAACAUCGGACAUCGCGAGGGAUAUUGUUCCUCUGCCAAGCGAAAUUUCAAGACCAGCCGAAACAGAAAGCACCCAGGAUCGUUAAAUACAAAAACCGUAAAUCUCCGUAUAAAUACCGUCGAUCAAAAGCGCCGUUUUGUUAAAAUUGUACUGAACGGUGUGAAGGUGCGUCUACAGUUGGACACGGGGUCUGACGUUAGCAUCGUAUCGAAACGCUUGUGUGAGAAAAUAGGUAAACCACCCACUGCACCAGUAAAUGAGCUAGCCUCAACAGCGUCAGGCGACCGAUUGCAGUUUUUGUUUAAGUUCAGCCGUCUAGUGUCUUUCAACGGUGAACAACAUCACUGUCAGUUUUACGUGGUCGAAAACCCGCUUUAUCUUUUCGGAAUCGAUUUGAUGGAAGCAUUCGGUCUCUUUUCAUUGCCCAUUAACAUGUACUGCAACAACGUCAGUGUUCCUGCUAUCACUUUGCAGUCACUCAAAGCGGCAUACCCGAGUGUAUUUAGAAACGAGUUAGGAUUGUGCACGAAAACAAAAGUGAAAUUGGAACGGAAACCAGAUGCAACUCCAGUUUUUAGUCCGAAACGUCCAGUGGCUUAUGCAGUACACAGCACGGUUGACAACGAACUUGACCGACUGGAACGAGCAAAAAUCAUCACACCAGUAGACUUUUCGGACUGGGCAGCACCCAUCGUCGUUGUCAGAAAAACGAACGGAUAUAUUCGCAUUUGCGGAGAUUACUCUACAGGUCUCAACAAUGCACUGCAACCGCACCAGUACCCGUUACCGCUACCGGAGGAGAUUUUCAACAAGUUGGCUAAUUGUACUGUAUUUAGCCGAAUCGACCUGUCGGAUGCGUUCCUGCAAGUAGAGGUUGACGAAAGUAGUCGUGAUUUAUUAACCAUCAACACCCAUCGUGGACUCUACCGGUACAAUCGUCUGCCACCGGGAGUCAAAACAGCACCGGGAGCUUUCCAGCAACUUAUCGAUACAAUGCUGGCAGGUCUUCCUCAUACGUGUGGUUAUUUGGAUGACGUCGUCGUUGGUGGUGUCACUACUGAGACACAUUGGGAAAACCUUCGCGCAGUGUUUCAAAGAAUCAGCGAGUUUGGAUUUACCAUCCGAGUGGAAACGUGCAUCUUCGCUCAGCCUCAAAUCAAAUAUGUAGGUCAUCUGCUUGACUGCAAUGGUCUUCGCCCGGAUCCAGCAAAAGUUCAAGCCAUUAACGAAAUGCCAUCGCCCACUGAUGUAUCUGGUGUUCGGUCCUUCCUAGGAGCAAUUAAUUACUACGGAAAAUUUGUUCCUCGUAUGCGCUGUCUGCGGUAUCCUCUUGAUGAGCUGCUCAAAGCGGAUGCGAAAUUCAAGUGGACAGCAGAAUGCCAGGCGGCAUUCAACAAAUUUAAGGAGUUGCUGAAAUCUGACCUACUGUUGACACACUACAACCCUGCACUUGAUAUAGUGGUGUCGGCAGAUGCGUCGUCUGUUGGUGUCGGUGCUACUUUGUCACACAAAUUUCCGGACGGUACUCUCAAAGUUGUGUACCACGCUUCCAGAGCAUUGACAGCGGCAGAGAAAAACUACAGUCAGCCCGAUCGUGAAGGACUUGCGAUAAUUUUUGCGGUGACCAAGUUUCAUAAAAUGCUGUUUGGUCGUCGCUUUCAUCUUCAGACAGAUCACGAGCCGUUGCUGAGAAUCUUCGGUUCAAGGAAAGGGAUUCCUGUUUACACAUCGAACCGAUUACAACGUUGGGCUCUUACGCUGUUGCUUUAUGAGUUCACCAUCGAGCACGUUCCGACAGCGAAAUUCGGCAAUGCUGACAUACUUUCCCGUCUGAUCAGCCAGCACGUCAGGCCUGAGGAAGAUUAUGUGAUUGCUUCGGUCUCUCUGGAAAAUGACUUAAGGUCAGUUACACAAGAUGCAUUAACCAUUCUUCCUUUAAGUUUUAGGAUCGUACAACAGUCUACACAGUCCGAUCCUAUUACCAAGGCAGUUUAUCGUUACCUCCUUGAUGGGUGGCCUAAGACCGUUACCGAUGCAGAGCUCAAACGGUUUUAUGCUCGACGUGAAUCUCUUACCACGGUACAAGGCUGCAUACUAUUCGGCGAUCGACUGGUUAUACCAUCGCCUCAUCGCAAGCGUAGUCUUCAUCAACUUCAUCGUGGCCACCCUGGAAUUCAGCGAAUGAAGGCGAUUGCCAGGUCUUAUGUUUAUUGGCCAACUCUCGACAGCGACAUUGUUGAUUUCGUCAAAUCCUGCCGUCAAUGUGCGAUGGCUGCGAAAACACCGCCGAAGCCAGCGCCGUUGUCAUGGCCUAAAUCAACAAAACCGUGGCAGCGCGUUCACCUUGAUUAUGCUGGACCGAUCGACGGGGAAUACUACCUGGUUGUCGUAGACUCUUUCUCGAAAUGGCCUGAAAUUGUGCAGACGAGAAGUAUCACUACAGCCGCCACAGUGAAAAUCCUCAGAGAUCUGUUCGCUCGCUUGGGAAUGCCAGAGACACUGGUGAGUGAUAAUGGAUCCCAGUUCACCAGUGCAGAGUUUCAAUCGUACUGUACGAACAACGGCAUCGAGUAUCUUACAACAGCACCAUUCCACCCUCAAUCGAACGGUCAAGCCGAGCGAUUCGUGGAUACGUUUAAACGAUCGAUUAAAAAGAUUAAGGAGGGGAGAGCGACAAUGUGUGAUGCUCUCAGUACAUUUCUUCAGACUUACCGGAGUACACCUUGUUUUUCUUCUCCAGACGGCAAAUCACCAGCAGAAGUUUUGUUCGGUCGUCCGAUUCGUACUAGUUUGGAUCUGCUCCGUCCACCAUCCGAUCGUGUACAUUUGGAACAAUCGAGUGAAAUUCAUCCUUUAAAGCGACAAUUCAUCGUUAAGGAUACGGUGUAUGCAAAAGUAUUUGCAAGAACCAAUGGCACUGGGUUUCAGGAACAGUUUUGGAACGUGUAGGUCGUGCAAUGUACAACGUUCAGCUCGAGACUGGUAAGCUUAUUCGGUCCCACGUUAACCAGCUUCGAGAUCGUGCUGAUUCAGAGAGUCGCAGAGUACCAGCAUUGACGGAUAGAACGAAACUUCCUCUCACCAUUCUACUCGAUGCUUGGAACCUUCCGGCCCGUUGCACACCAGAUCCAUUAGCACACUCAACACCAGUAGCACCCAUUCCAAGCUGCUUUAGUUCGAGACAGUCGUCAGUACCAAAUAGCCUGUUGAGAAGGCCCACAUUGUCAUCAGAGUCUUCGUUGUCUGCAUCGUCUUCGUCAUCUUCGACAACGCCAAGUUCAACAUCAGAAUUUCAGUCUGCUAAUGAAGCCGACUCAGCUGUACAGGUUCCUCGCCGCUCUUCGCGUGUACGAAGAGCUCCGCAAUGGUUCGAUCCCUAUCAGCUGUAUUAGAAGGGGAGAUGUUGGAGACGUGACCAUCCCUACAACCCAAUAGUAAUUGCUGGGCUCACUGGUGGCAGCCCGACUGUCACUCAGUUGAUGCACCGACCAGCAUCCGGUCUAUGUGUCAGAAUCAGAAUGUGAUAUGUAGUAGAAUAAGGAACACGCGUUUUUACCUCUAACUGUGCGUCUAUUAAUAAAGUCAGUUUCAAUGUU